AUGGCAACCAUUGAAAAGAUUUUGAUUACUGGCGCGAGCGGAUAUUUAGCGCAAUUUAUUAUUAACCGGUUGUACGGUUCAUAUAAACUGACGCUAACUGACAUCGUUGAACCGGAUCAAGUACCUGCAGACACAACUUUUAUCAAGGCUGAUGUGACAAACGCCGCCGAAAUCGAAGCAGCGUGUGCGGAGCAGGACGCUGUCGUGCAUCUUGUCGCCUUGGUACGGGGACGAUCCGAUAAACCUGCUUCGUUAUUUGCAGAUGUGAUGGUGAAAGGCACAUGGAAUGUCGCAGAAGCCUGUGUAAAACAGGGUGUAGGGAAGCUGGUGAACAUUUCGAGUAUUUCAGCAUAUCCUCCUGCGUCGAGUGCAAAAUUGCCGUACGAGGUAGGCGAUGAUUUCCAGUUCGGUCCAGGAGACAUCUACUACGCGCUCGCGAAAUACCUCGGUGAGCAGAUCGGGGCAGCAUAUCAUCAAGCGCAUGGGUUGGACGUGAUUCAUGUCCGUCCAGGGGUCAUCGCAGGAGACGGACAAAACCCCGGUCCGGCAGCCCCCGAUGUUGUAACGGAUCCUUGGUUCGUUUACGUAGAUCCGAGGGAUGUUGCACAGUGUGUUGCCCGCGCGAUUGAGACAGAGACGGUAAAAUACGGGGCAUAUAACGCCGUCGCUGGACGCGCAGACUCCCGUUUCGCGUGGAAACAGGCAAAAGACGACUUAGGGUAUUCACCAGAGCACAAUUGGCCUGAAAUCCCCGACGGCGAUGCGUAA